AUGAGGGCGGGGCACGGGGGAGGGGAAGGGCCAAUCAGUGAGGCGGAAAGCGAGGAGAUUGGCCAAUCAAAGUGGAGGUUUAAAGGGCGCGGGCCAAUCGGACCCCGGGGCGGGCACGCCGCGAUCGAGCCGCAAGGGGAGGGGGAAUUCGAACCAGACCACGCUCCUUUCGCUAGGCCACGCCUUCUCGGCGCGCGCGACGAGCGGGAGCCGGGGGCGGUGAGGUGGCCCCGGUGCCCUGAGGCGAUGGCCGAAGACCGAGAUGUUCGAUUUGUCACCGAGGAGAGCUUCGACUUCGGUGUGCUGUCCCCGUCUGACAGCCAGGAGGAAGAGGAGGAUGAGGAUAGCCCAGGCGUGGUGUGCCGGCACGGGGGUGGCAACGGGCGCUGGAGUCCCCUGAGUGGGGCCCGUCUGGAAGAGAUGGUGCGGGAGGCCACGCGCCUGGCAGCACAGUUGGAGGGGUGUCACCUGCCCGCUCCCGGAGACCCCUCGGGACCCACCGCCACGCCCCCCAGCACACCCCGCAGCCCCCGCCGCCAGACCUUCGUGGUGAAGGACAGCCCGGUGCGGGCGCUCCUGCCCACCGUGGAGUCUCGGGGACCUGCCCCCGUCCCCCGCCUCCCCACCAAGCCCCGGGGGGUCUCUGCUGCCACCAGUGUCCCCAAGGUACCCCCCAGCCGUAAUUCCACAGCAGCAGCAAAGGGACCCUCGGGUGGCAGGGGGCUCCCCCCCAGCCGCGUGGGCCCCCCCCGGCCAUGCCCUCCUCAGGGGCAGGGGGCUGGUGCCCAGGGCAGGUCAGAGCCCCACCGGGGGGGGACAGCAGGCCAGGCUAAGGUGAGGGGGGGCACAGUCCCCUGUCCCCCCUCCACCCGCCAGCCCCACACCAGGACCACCACCACCACUGUCCCCUCCGGCUGUUCCCCGGCAUCCACUGUCCUCCCCAGGGUGUCCCCUCGGACUCCAGCAGCAGGUGGGAGGGCCCCCACCCCCAGAGGCACAGGCGCAGCCCCCACAACUGGUGCCUCGGGGUGCAAACCAGGACCCCCACCUGCACGCCUGCGGCCCCCCCGCAAGACAGCGGUGAACAGCACCCCGAGGUGACACCCCCAAACCACCCCACACCCACCCAGAGGCCCUGGGGGCACCCAGACCCCCCCCUAGGUAUCAGCCAAGGUACCUAGGCUGGGGUGGGCAGAGCCAAGGCCACCCCAGGGAUGAGCUGAGGCAUCCACUGGGUUUUGGAAGGAGGCAGGCAGCACCAGGGGCCCCCAGGAAACAGCUAAGGCACCUGUGGGGUUGACAGGUUGCAAGGCAGAGUUGGAACCCCCAGGGACCAGCUGAGGUUGGGGUGGCAGAGUCAGGGGCCUCCCCCAGGGAUGAGCCAAGACAUUCAUUGAGUUUUGCUUUAAUUACAAAAGGUCCCAUCAGCAGUAGGAAACCUCCCAUGUCCCCCAGCACCCAGGGGUCUCUCAUCCCCCCAACACCCAUGCCUGGGUUCCCCCACCUGAGCCUCACCCCUGAGCAGGGGGGAUCCCAGACAUCCCUGUAACCCGUAGCUGAUCCCCCUUCCACAUGCCCCCCCACCUGGGGGAGUUGGCACCAUGGGACGGGUUGCACCUUCGUGGGGGUUGGCACAGUGGGCAAAGUUGGUUAUAAAUUCCUUUUUUUGUA